AUGUACUGUAUUGAUGUGGGAGAAGUUCACGAUGUAGAUGCAAAUGAUGUAUGGGAGUUAUUACCGUCUUUGUAUAAUAUACCGCCACUUUGCUUCCGUCUAGUUCUAAAGUCUUGCAUGAAUACUACUAAAUGCAAUGAAUUUGCAACAUUUGAAAAAGGGAUGAUUUGCAUCUGUAAAAUCUGUAUGUCUUUUCAGAUUUUGAAAUUACCUUUCAUUUUAGGCAAUGUAUUCCCUUCAAACUACCCGCAGCGAGCCAGGGUACUUUACCCUCCGGCUAUUAUCUCCCUUAUUUAUAAUAAAAAUAGAGAUGGAAAUUUUGUCGAAAUUUCAUGUACUUCGAAAGUAAGACAGUUUUUCUUGAAAAUCAUCGGUCGCAGCAUUUCGGAAACUAAUGACUUAGGAUUCUUGUUUAAUAAUGCUUCCAGUACUACAUGUACAUCAGUGGUUAAUAAAUCGGUUUCUCGUACAAAGAGUACUCACACCCUUAAUAAAUUAUCGCGUCAUCGAUGUAGAACUCUAGUGGUAAAAAGUGCAUCAGUACCAGCAAUAUCUAGAGAUCCGGCAUUAACCUUCAUGUUUAAAAAGUUUAAUGUCUCGUUGCCAUCACAUCUAAUAGCAAGAGUGACAGAGCGUAUUGAUAUUGAUAAUUAUAUAAUGCGUGAUCCUGCAGUUCUCAGUGAUCUAGAAAAGGUUUAUUUUUUUAAUUUUUCAUUUAUGCUAGCAUUUAUCUGCAGUAAAUAUAUUUUGAGUUAA